AUGGCUCCUGCAUUAUGCCUAGUAGGUCCACCAGAGCUGCACCAGCCCAAAAAACCUCCCACCACUCCUAUCUCAACCUAUGAAGACCUCCCAGUUUGUAAAGAUCUCAAGUCUUCACUCCCACCCUUAAACCCUCUCCUUGAAUUUUUUUUCAAGGCCGUGUCACACACUGAAACGCCGCCACCGCCGCCAGAGACUCCCAAGUGCGGAUAUUAUUGGCUGUCGGCUCCACCAAAGCCGAAGGAGCUGACCGACUAUGAAGAAGAGGCCUGGAAGCUUGACUCUCUCACCACUCUCAAGACGAUAGUUUGUCUUAGAAUGAUGGAGAAGCCUAACAAAGAAGCAUUCUACAAAUCCCUCUUGUGGGUCCACAAAAACCACCCAAAAACCCUAGCUCUGAAUGUCAUGGUUUUGGGGGCUUUAGGUUGGUUCGAUGAUCUGAGGAGGAUAUCAAACUACAGGAGCAAUCGUCUGGGAUACGACUAUGAGGAAGAAAGUGAUGACGAUGAUGAUGACGAAAAGAAGACGAAAGCUGCCGCAGAAAUAGCACCAAAAGAUGACAUUGCAAAGGCUAGAAUUGCAGUUGAGAGGUACCAAAACGACUCAGAUUAUCGAUUCUUACACGAUCGGAUAUCAGACUUGUUUGCAGAGGUGUUGAAAUCAGAUCUUAGGUUGUUGGCAUCAGGUGCAAUUAAAUCGAUAAGUUUUGCUUCCAAGUUUUGUCCUUCAAUUGAUUCCCCUUACGACUACGAAACCCUAAUCUGUGAAAGCAUAGCAAAGAAAAUGUUCCCACGCAAUAAUCAUAUAGAGUACAAAUAUGUUGAAGACCCUUAUUACACUUACAGGGUUCGUAAUCGUUUGGGGGACCAAGUACUAAUUCCUCUACGUGAAGCCAUAGAGAAGGUGAAGAAGCCAUCAAUUGAAACCGGAAAAGCAUUGAUUGCUCUGGAAACAUACAGGAAGAUAUUCGGGGCGGAGUCAAAAGAAGAAGGCGGCAGCAUAGUGCUGUUUCAUCAUUGCAUGAAGCUAAUCGAGUUCUUUUCACCGAAGGAAAAUAUGGUCGGCAUGUUUGGGAAUUUAAGCAUUGGCGACUGUUCUAAAAAGCUCCCUCACCAAAUAGUGGUUUCCUUAUUUAAGAAGGAAAAGGUAAAGGGACGUGGACCACGUGGUGAUGAAGCUGCAGAGCUCGAGUGGAAGGGACUACUGCAAGAGUUAACAAACCAAGGCAAGCUCAGGAAUUGUGUUACCGUCUGUGACAUGAGGUCGAGCAUGACAGGGACAUUCAAGGAGGCGACUUGUAUCUCAAUGGGGUUAUUGAUUUCGGAGUUGAGUGAAAAUCCAUGGAAAGGAAAGAUCUUCUCCUUCAACGAAUUUCCCAAGCUGAAUAAGGUUGAAGGAGACGAUCUUCGAUCCAAAUGCGAGUUCAUGAGGCAGAUGGAAUGCACUGAGAAAGUUAACUUCGGCGCUAUUUACAAUCGGAUUUUGCAGAUUGCACUCACAGAGAAGCUAAGCAAGGAGCAAAUGCCUAAAAGGAUUUUCGUCUUCACCUAUAGUGAUUUUGUCGCGGCCUCCAAAAACAACUGGGAUGAAGAAUACAGGGAAGCAUGGGCUAGUUACAGAAAGAGAGGGUUUUCAACUGUGCCGCAAAUGGUGUUUUGGAAUCUUAGGGACCCGGUUGCGGAGCCGGAGGUAUUUGGGAGCCCCGUGAAGAACCAAAAUGGGGGGAUGAUCAUGACUGGUUUUUCAAACCUUCUGCUCCAACUGUUCUUCAGAGGAGAGACGGAUUCGAGAACGAAUGCAGGUCGGAGCCAUUCUUUUUAUCGUGGUGUUAAUGUACUUUCCGUGAUGAAAUAUGUUCCUAAUGUAGAGGAUGUGAUGAACUGUGCAAUUUCAAGAGAGGAGUUGGAGAAUCUUAUUGUAUUGGAUUGA